UGAAAGCUGUUGGGCCCUGAAAUUCUAUUCAGCAGUUUGAAAUCAAUCCACAGCUUUUCUCAUUCACCCUCUCACUUGGGGCUAAUGCAAGCCAUGACCAUCUACUGAGGAAAACCACAAAAAACUUCAAAACAGCUACAACGGGUAAAAGAGAGUAUUGUCCCACAGUCAGCAGGCCACUAGUUUAUUAACUUCCAGUCACUUUCAUUUUUGCUAAAAUGAAGACUCUGAAAUCUACACUUCUCCUGUUCCUGUUUGUGCCUCUGAUAAAGCCAGCACCACCAUCUCAGGAGGAUUCACGCAUUAUCUAUGAUUAUGGAACAGAUAAUUUUGAAGAAAGCUUAUUUAGCCGAGAUUAUGAGGAUAAAUCCCUGGAUGGAAAAAGUAUUAAGGAAAAAGAAACUACGAUAAUAAUACCCGAUGAGAAAGGUUUUCAAUUACAAAAAGAUGAGAGUACAAAACCAUUAUCCCCCAAGAAAGAAAAUGAUGAAAUGCCCACAUGCCUGCUAUGUGUUUGUUUAAGUGGCUCUGUAUACUGUGAAGAAGUUGACAUUGAUGCUGUACCACCCUUGCCAAAGGAAUCAGCCUAUCUUUAUGCACGAUUCAACAAAAUUAAAAAGUUGACUGCCAAAGAUUUUGCAGACAUACCUAACUUAAGGCGACUUGAUUUUACGGGAAAUUUGAUUGAAGAUAUAGAAGACGGUACUUUUUCAAAACUUUCACUGUUAGAAGAACUUACACUAGCUGAAAAUCAACUACUGAAACUUCCAGUUCUCCCUCCCAAGCUUACUUUAUUUAAUGCAAAAUACAACAAAAUCAAGAGUAGAGGAAUCAAAGCAAAUACUUUCAAAAAAUUGAAUAACCUCUCCUUCCUCUACUUGGACCACAAUGCCCUGGAAUCUGUGCCUCUUAAUUUACCAGAAAGUCUGCGUGUAAUUCAUCUUCAGUUUAACAACAUAACUUCAAUUACAGAUGAUACAUUCUGCAAGGCUAAUGACACCAGUUAUAUUCGGGACCGCAUUGAAGAGAUACGCUUGGAGGGCAAUCCCAUCAUCCUGGGAAAACAUCCCAACAGUUUUAUCUGCUUAAAAAGAUUGCCUGUAGGGUCAUACAUUUAACCACUAUCAAUGCAGCACAUAAGCUAAAGUACACACAUACUUAUAAUCUGUCUCAACAAUGUCUAAAGGAGCUUAAGUAUUUAAUAUUAAUUUUGUAUCCUACUAUGAAGGAACUUAUGUUUUAAGCAAAGAUGUUCAAAAAACCUUACAUAUAACAAUGAGCAAAAAGUAACAGUGAAUCUCUAAGUUCAAAACAAAGUAAUGUGAAAAUAUUUGAACAGCAUUACAAAAUCCCUGCAGUUUAUACUGGAGUACCAUUUAAAAGGUAUGUUUUUAUAUAAAUACCCAAAUUUAAGAUGUAUUACGAAGUGAAAGGAUAAGUCCAAGAAACUUUCAACUGUUUGUCUUUCCUGGCUUCUACUGGAUCCCUAAAGCAUUUAAGGCAUAUGUUCCAAACACUUUGAAAAGCUAAAUAUUUCCAGGGACCUCUCACUUUUCUUUUAUCAUUCAUACAUUAUUCAUUAUGAAGUAGGAACUCUGUUUUCUUUCUAUUAAGGCAGCUACUAUAUUUUUACUUAGCCUCAGAAAUAGGAAUAUAGUCUCAUACCUAGGCAAAACUUUCCAAAUAAAGCAUAAUUUUACUCUCUGAUAAAGAGCUAAUAUAGUAAUGUUCAGUUAUUCUGCUUUGUGAUCACACAAUUAAAGGCUUUAGUAAAAUAGUACAAAAUUUUCUUUAAUCUAAAUAUUAACAUUCUAAGUCCACCAUAAAACAUUUUAGGAAGCCAAGCACAUCAAAAUUAGUAUGCUUAUAAAAAAACCUGAAAGUCCAUCCUGUUUCUCAGAACAUAGCCAUAAAAUUCUCCACUGUAAAGGCUUUCAAUUAUGAUAUAUACUGCAAAAUAUUUUCUUUUUAUACUAUAGGAAUGAGAAUCUCAUCAAUAAAUUUAUCCAAAUGUAAGACAUGAAAACCAAGUGAAUUCUGUGGUGUUACUACUACACACCACCUUCCCACCCACCCAUACACAUCCACGUUCUUGAGAAUAGACCACACAUUCACAAGAAAGCAUCUCAGCAACAUUUUCUAGAGACCCAUAAUUAACUGGUAUGUUUAAAGAUGAGAAUUCAUCUCCAAUCUAAUAGUGAUGAUAAAGUUCCUAAAAUUACUUUCCUCUUGAGCAAACCCCACUCAAAAGUCUUAGUCUCCACACUGCUUUGGGGUUGCAUAUAAAAUGAUCAGUGCUUUAGAAACAAGAGUCUGAACUGUGUAUAUAAAAAUUGCCGACAUUGUUUCCAACAUAAAUUAUGCAUUAGAAUCAAGUUGGUCUCUGUAUACUAUUCCCAGAACAAACACUAUUGGUGGUUUUUCAUUUGCUUCUGUUUUUUCCAUACGUAGAAUGACCUGUUUUUCAAUUUUCCCAUUUGUCAAGGAUGACCCCAAAAUGAAAUUUUUUCACUAAAACACCUGUGAUGUCUUAACACCACAAUAAUUACUGCUACAACACUAACGCAUUCACUGAUUUUAUUGUGGUAACUGGCAACAAUAACUAUUAUACGGCUUUCUCAUUUUGUGUGCGAGCCUCAUUUCUCUGUGACUGAGAAAGCUCACUGAGCACACUGAACACGUCCAAUAUUCCCUUUAUACAUUCAAAGUGCUAGCAUAAUAGUGUGCACAUCUAAAUUGAAUAUAUAGUAAAUAGUGCAAAAUAAAAUCCAUUUAAACAGAAGGGCUCUGUUUUAUUUGGAAAAAUAGAAUAUUUAAACUACCACAAUCUUGAAUAAAUCAAUAGAAAUAAACUGUAACUUUAUCUGGAAAAACAAACUUAAUAAAGGAUUGCUGAGUGGUGGAACCAACACUGGGGAAAGGGGUCAGUACUUUCUUCCCAUUUCCAGAUGUCAGAAUAAUAAUGUAUUCCUAUGUUCUUUAUAUUACUAAACUCAAAGGGGAAAAGCACCAUAAAAUAACUCUUAAAUUUUAGAGAAUUUAAAAGCCAGUGGUUUAUAUAAAAUAGCAAUUAGGAAAGAGCACUGGUUUAAAAGUCUGAAUUAUGGAAUUAUCUUAAAAAAUAGCUUUGAGACUUCUAGAUAAGAAGAUAUGAACCUAGGUACCUGACAACCUUAUAUACACCUUUAAGUCACAAAUAAAAUAAUGAAGUAAAAUAUAUGCUGAUCCCCAUUAUCUUAAAUAGAUAUUGCUUCAUUCUUGACACUGAUAAUGAAACAGAGGAUUAAAAUUAAAAAUAUUUUACCCCUACAAACAUUCCUGAAAGAAACUAAAGAAGAUAUGCAUAAAUGGGAAGACAUCUUGUGUUCAAGAAUGGAAGACUGAAUAGUUAAUAUGUCAGCACUACCCAAAACAACUUCAAAAUGAUAGGAACAGAAUAAAGGGACAAAGCAGGUGAUUGAACAGUUAAUCCCACUAUGGGAUUGUAAGUAAAGGAAAAGUAUGGGAGACCCCUGUAAGUUAAUGAUCGCUCAAGAAAGCAGGUUUGCUUAACCACAAAGCCAAGCAUGCCUGCUUAGCAACAAAACCAUGCAACAGAAACAUAAGACAUGCCCCCAAACAAUAAACAAUGGUGGCAUGAGACCCACAUCCUGACCAGUGAGCUCAGUAAGUUAAUGACCCCUAGGACAUGCUCUCUGCACACAUAAAAAACAAUAAUUUAUGGAAAGGUGACAUUUCAAAGUGAAAGACCCUCAUUGUAUGGAGACCUGAAAUAAUAUUUCCACAGUGCCAUGACAGUCCUGGCUUGACCACGUAGGGACAAGAAAACUCCCCUGUCCAACCUAGAGGAGAAGUUAAUGAUGGAAGCGUGAUAUCUACUCAAGAAUGAGGAAGAAGGUGGUCUUUUCCUCCUCCCCACUUCUCCUUUGAUUAUAAAACUGUAGCCAACUAAGUUCUCAGGGCGCAUCACCCCCUAGCCCACCUGCUUUUAAGCCUCACAAGCAUCCUAUUCUAAUAAAUCACUUCUUAUCUAUCACUUUGUCUCUUGCUGAAUUCUUUCCACAAUGAGACAUAAAGGACUGUAGCUCCUUGGAACCCCUCCGAAACGCCACCUAGUGGUUUCAAAAGCAAUCCCUAUCAAACUCCCAACGACAUUUUUUGAAGAACUGGAAAAACCCACCAAAAUUCAUAUGGAAUCUCAAGGGACUCCAAACACCAAAAAGAAAUUUGAAAGGAAGAACAAAACUGGAGGAUUCACACUUCCUCAUUUCAAAAUGUAACUAUAAAGCUACAGUAAACAAAAGUGUGAUACUGCCAUAAGGACAGACGUACAGACCAAUGGAAUAGAAUAAUGAAUCCAGAAACAAACCUUUGCAUAUAUAGUCAAAUGAUUUUUGACAAAGGUGUCAAGACCACUCAAUGAGGAAAGGACAGUCUCUUCAGCAAGCGAUGCUAGGAAAACUGGAUAUCCAUAUGUAUAAGAAUGAAGUUGGACUGCUGGCUUACAGAAUAUAUAAAAAUUAACUCAAACUGGAUUAAACACCUAAACUUAAGAGCUAAACUAUAAAACUCUCAGGAAAAAAUAAAGAGAAAAUUCUUUAUGAUGUUGAAUUUGGCAAUGAUUUCCUGGAUAUGACACCAAAAACACAGGCUACAAAAGAAAAGAAAAUAAAUUGGACUUCAUCAAAAUUAAAAAUUUCUAUGCAUCAAAGGACACUAUUGAGAGAAUGAAGGAACGGCAAAUUAGUGUUUAAUGGGACAGAUUUUUACUGGUGAUGGUUGCACAACAAUGUGAUGUUUCUUUCCAUUCUAGUAACCUUGUCACCAGCAAAGGACCAGCUCAAAGAAGCACUUUAUCCUCUACAGGAAAAACACACCAAUUAUACUUCUACACUUGCCUUAAAAGCACCUAGAGGAAAAUCAGUUUGAAACUGGGACUAGUGCUCACAUUUCCCACAACCCAUUCUAAUGUAUAAGGAAAUGGCCGUAUUAGGUGAUUCAUUACCAUAACUGCCAGCAGACUCCUCAAUCAUUAUUGUAUUUUACCAAUUCUGAAGAAGAGCUAUUUAAUUGUCCUGGUGCAAGAGCACCUGCAAGUAAACAACAUAAUCCUGAGCACUCCUCAAGGGACCACAGUACAGGUACAGUACAGGUACUGACAUGUUUCAUUCUAAAGAAAAUCUUAUGCUUGACAGAUAUUACUAGCUCAACCAAAUAAAAUGCAAAUAAUGAUGAUGAUGAUAAAAAAAAAAGAAUCCAAAAUAAA